AUGAUGGGACAUGAUGAAUAUUCAGAAGCAAGAAUGAUGUUACAUACAAUUCAACAGGAUAUCAACUCGAAUGAGGAACUCAACAGAAACGGUACUACUCAUGAUGAAAUCAGCAACAACAGCGAUGACAUUCUGCAAAUACCUCAGCAUGAUUCAGUAAUGAUGGAGGAAGACUUGAAUUCAGUACAAGUUGAAACAUCAGAAGAAAUAACCGAAAAUAGUCAUCAACAAGUUUUUCAAAAAGAUGAAUUAAUGAACACUUCUUCAGAGGAUCAAACGAUUUUGUCUGUUCCUACCACUCAUGCCACAAAUGUAGCAACAACAUUGGGAAAUAUUCAACAACACUUCAAAGGCAACCGUUCGUUACCUCCCAUCGAUACAAGUAGUAGAAAUUUACAAUUGAAUUUAGAAUUUUCAUAUGAUCGAAGGGCAACACCAAUUUCACGUAGAAUGAACAACAAUCACAUGAAUAAUAGCUCUAAUAGAGAUUCAUUUGUUUCUCAACAACAACACGAAGAACAACAUGAAAGUUCACUCUCAUCAGCAACCAAUAGUCCUGUGAUGGUCAUGAUGAUGGAUCCAGAAACAGAAAUGGAUCCAGCCAGCCAACAUCCCAUAAGCAUCAUCAACAGUAGUAGUAACCAUACAUCAAGUAGCGCUGAUGACGAUUCAUCAUCAUUUUCAAACAAUGGUGAAGAUAUGAGUAGCGAUGACACCAUAAUGUCAGUAGCCACUGCUCAUGAAUCCAUCUCUUCAGCAUUGACAUCAACUCCCACACGAGUAGUAGUAACAACUAAUACUGACGUUUCACAGUCUUCAUUGUCUGUCAUUGGAGUCUCUCCAUUUCUAUUUCCAUCUUCAGGUGAAAUGUUUACAAGUCAUACACGCGCUCAUCAACAAACCAAUGAUGAAACAAUGAUGAAUGAUGAUGAAGAGAGUGGAAGCAUGACAUCGAUGGUCGUGGACACAGCGCAAACCUUUUCCUCAAUAGUACCUUCAACAAGUGCUGAGAGUAGUGUCAUGAUACGACUCUCAUCACAUCCAUCCACAAUGAGUGAUGAUGAUGCUGACCAUACGACUCGACGCACGUCAUUGUCCUCCAUCAGGGAAGAAUCUUCAACCACCACACAUUUACUGAACGAGAACAUUCCACCAUCGUCCAGUAAUCUCUCUUUAAUACCCUCCAUGACUAUUCAACCCUCUCCAGUACUGGUCUCUUCAACCACAUCUUUUCAUACCGCCACUACCACCACCACCACCACCACGAUUGACACCACUUCUACCCUACCAAUGAAUUCAUGCAUGACAACUACCACACAACCAUCAGCACUAUCUGCAACAUCCCAACAUCCUUCACAACAACAACAACAACAGAAAAAAACACUUGAUCUGGAAUCUCUAUUGAUCUAUCCUCCCACACAAGUUCCAUCCAAUGUUCCAGAUGUUCCUAACCAUUUUCAAUGUCCAAUUUCCAAACUCAUCAUGUAUGCCCCCGUUAAGAAUAUGUAUGACAAGACCUAUGAACGAGAAAGUAUUGAACAAUGGUGGAAAACAUUGUAUACAAAGCAACAGCCACUCACUGAUCCUUUAACCAAUCAAAAUGUAUCUGAUCGAACAUUACAUGAAGAUGUGGAUUUAAAAAAUCAAAUUCAAGAAUUCUUAAAUGAAAAUCCUCAUCUCAGAUUCUCAAUCAAUGAAACCUAUUUCCCUAAACAAAUCAUCAGAGAAAUGAAGGUUGCCAUUGAUAGUGAAAAUAUUGAGAAAGUGAGAUUUUUACUUUCUCAAUUUCCUGCAAGCUUCUUUGUUCAAACUAAAUUUCCAAUUCCUCAUUCGACUCACCAUGGAAAAUCAAGAAGUGACAAAGAAACCUCUGUUUCAAUCUUUGACUGUUUAUAUCGAAGAUUUAAGAAUGUCUAUGAUGCUAAAAUUCACAUGAAUAGUGGUAGUAGUGGCAGUGGCAGUAGUAGUGGAACGAGUGUGGCUACUACUUCCGACACUAAUUAUAGUAAUAACGGAAGUAAUAAUAACACCACCACCAUGGUGUUAGAGGGUAAUCGUAUUAAUAGGAGUAACAACAAUAACACCACCACCAAUACCACCAUCAUGGAAGAGGAGACUCAUUUGUUACAAUCCAUGAAUAGUGCAGCCAUGACAACCACAAGCGCACUGAUGAGUAGUAGUAAUAGUAGUGCGAAUAGUAUAACAUCAACUACUGAUCUUGUUGCAUCGAGUCCUUGUACUAGUAGCUCAUCUUCUUGUUUACACAACACAACAACCUCUCUUCUUCUCAUGAAUACCACCACUGCUACCACCACCACACCAUCACACCUGAAUGAUACGAUUCACUGCUUCAAAGAAGAAGAUUUUAUUCAAUCAGAUCCUAUUCUUGCACUCAUUGUGAAACAAUACAAGAUUGUUCGUGAUUAUUGUAUCACCAGACAACAUCAAAGUACAUCAAAAGUAGAAUGUAGUGAAUACAAGAUGAUGGAAAGUGCAAUCAAAGAUGGUCUCAAGAAUAUAUUUGUGAAUAGUGUGAGAAUGUUUCCAAGUACAUCUAUUAUGGAUUGGUUAAUCUCAAUGGGUGCAUCUCUUUCAUCAACGAAUCAAUUUAGACAAAAUGCAUUCCACAUGGCAUGUAUGACUGAUCAAUUAGAGAUUGCCAAACAUUUAUAUCGUUUGAAUGAUCAAGCAAUUGGUGAAAAGAAUGUAAACCCUGAUGAAAAGAAUGAUGUUGUAAUGAAUCAUACAUCUCAAGUGAAUCAUACAUCUCAUGAUGGUGGUGUUGUUGUAAUGAAUCAUGAAUCCCAGGUGAAUCAUACAUCUCAUGGUGGUGGUGUUGUGAUGAAUCAUACAUCUCAAGUGAAUCAUGAAUCCCAUGGUAGUGAAUCUUCUAUUCUUCACAUGAAUGCAAUGAUGGAAUCUUCUCCUAAUGAGGUAUUACAAGAUCGAUCUCAUAGGAGGACUGUACCUACAAGUUCAUCAACGACCCAAAUAACAAAUAUUGUAGAAGAAAGAUUAUCCGAUGAAGUGAAACGAAAAUGGAAUGCCUUCUAUUUGGCCAUUUGGCACAACAGUUAUCGAAUUAUAGAUUGGAUGAUCAAUGAUCCACAAUUAUCAUCCAAAUUCCUCUCAAAGAAACUCAAAUGUAUGGUCAAAGACAAGUCCAGUAUUUAUCAUCCCAUGAAUGCAUUGAGUUUAGCUGUCUAUAAGAGAAAUAUUCCUCUCGUAGAGACUUUAAUUACCAAAUAUGGAUUUGAUGUAUCUGAAGAAAAGUAUCAUCCCAUCUAUUGGUCAUGUAUUGCAAAUGAUUUGAAUGGAUUUCAAUGGAUUUGUGAUUUUAUAUUGAAAAAUUAUGGACCUGAUGCUCUAAGAAAACAAUUAAAAUCCAUCAAUGAGAGAGCAUUUAGAAGAUCACUCAUUCAUGCCAUUUCUAUGGAAGCAUCCGAUGAAAUGAUGGAAUACUUGCUACAAAAAUGUAAAGAAUUUGAUGUGUUGGAUGUUGUCAUUAAUAGUCAAGACAAUUUUGGAAACACUGCACUUCACUAUGCAUGCGAAAAAUCAAAAACGAAAACCAUACAAUGUCUCAUUAGAGAAGGAAUUGCACAUGAAUGUAUCAACAGACAAGGUAAAACAGCAAGUCAAUGUUGUAAAACAGAUGAUGAUCGAAUUGUUUUACAGAGAGCUAUUCGAGAAGAACGUGAAUUAUUGAAAAAGACAAUGAAUCGAGUGAAAGAUUUGGAAGAUGAUGUUUCAUUUUUAAAGAGAAAGUUAUUGGAGAUGGAAGAAUUAUUAUCAAAGAAGAAGAAGAAUAAAAGUCAAGACGACGACGACGACAAUGGCUGUUGCUGA